CAUUAUAAUUUUAAAAUUAUAAUAAAGAUUUUAUUUAUUAUAAAACUCGUUUUCGAACUUGUUUACGUUACUCGGCAUUAUUUAAAAACUGUAAAGAGGUCAUUUCUUUCUUUUUUUACCUGUUACUAUAGUACUUAAUAAGUAUAUUAAAAAAUUAUUUUAUUUUAAAGAAAUCAUGUUUAAAUCAUUAGUUUUUGUAUCAAAUAAUAUCGGUCUUGGACUUGUUAAAAGGAGUGGCAUACGUUUGAGUGUAAAUAACAUUAACAGGGUAUUAGCAUGUACAUUUGCAACUAAAUCAUCAAGUAGGAGGAAAAUUUGCAAGGAUAUUAAAGAAGCCAUCAAGGAUAUACAAGAUGGAUCCACAUUACUUGUGGGAGGUUUUGGUUUAUGUGGUAUUCCCGAAAACCUCAUAGGAGCCUUACUACAACAUGAAGCAAAAAACCUUAUAGUUGUAUCAAACAAUGCUGGAGUUGACAAAUUUGGCUUAGGUCUACUCCUAAAGCAAAAGAAAAUCAAACGGAUGAUCGCAAGUUAUGUAGGAGAAAAUGCCGAAUUUGAAAAGCAGUUUCUUAGUGGGGAAUUAGAAGUGGAACUUACCCCACAAGGCACUUUAGCGGAAAGAAUUAGGGCAGGUGGGGCAGGAGUUCCAGCAUUUUUUACUCCAACAGCGUAUGGUACUUUAGUGCAUGAAGGGGGAGCGCCCAUAAAAUACAAACCAGAUGGAAAAGUUGAUAUAUCGAGCAACCAAAGAGAAUCUAGGCAAUUCAAUGGAAAGGACUAUAUUAUGGAAGAAGCUAUCACAGGAGAUUUUGCCCUGAUAAAGGCGUGGAAGGCUGACCCGGCUGGAAAUUUGGUUUUUAAUAAAUCAGCAAGGAAUUUCAAUCCAACUAUGGCUAAGGCAGCUAAAUUUACUAUAGCAGAGGUGGAGGAAAUUGUUGAAUUAGGAAGCAUUGGUCCAGAUGAGGUUCAUCUACCUGGCAUUUUUGUAGAUAAAAUUAUUAAGGGCGAAAAAUAUGAAAAAAGAAUUGAGAGAGUCACUGUCCAAAAACUAUCAGACAGCACAGAAUCUGUUGUUAAAAAGAACCCUGCAGCAGAAAAGCGAGAGCGGAUAGUGAAAAGAGCUGCUCUAGAAUUCCGCGAUGGAAUGUAUGCUAAUCUAGGAAUAGGCAUGCCAAUGCUGGCAUCAAACUAUAUUCCAAAUGAUAUGGAGGUAUUUCUGCAAUCUGAAAAUGGAAUACUAGGUUUGGGACCAUUCCCAUUACCAAAUUGCGUGGAUCCGGAUCUGAUAAAUGCCGGAAAGGAGACUGUUACUGUUGUGCCUGGAGCGUCAUUCUUCAGCAGCGAUGAGAGUUUUGCUAUGAUUAGAGGAGGUCAUAUAGAUCUAACUAUCUUAGGUGCAAUGGAGGUCUCACAAUAUGGUGAUUUGUCAAACUGGAUGAUUCCUGGAAAACUCGUGAAAGGUAUGGGUGGAGCUAUGGAUUUAGUUGCUGCUCCUGGCACCAAAGUUAUUGUUUGUAUGGAACAUACUGCCAAGGAUGGUAGCCAUAAAAUACUGGAAAGCUGUACUUUACCUUUAACUGGUAAACAAGUUGUGGAUAUGAUAAUAACAGAAAAGGCCGUUUUUAGCGUGGACAGAGAAAAUGGCCUGACUUUAAUAGAGAUUGCAGAUGGCGUUGGUGUAGAAGACAUUUUGGUAUCUACAGGUUGCGAGUUCCAAGUAGCUGAAGACUUAAAGCCUAUGGGACAAGUUCAGGUUUAAAUUCCCUUAAAAUUAUAAACUGAGGUUGAAAUUUUAUAAAAACUAUCUUUUUAACUGUGGAUAUUGCUUUAUAGGUGCCCGUUUAUGAAGAUUCAUUGUACUGUGGAGAUUAAAUCACAAAAAUACGUUGUGUUAGUAUAUAAUUAAGUUUUAAACAUAUAAAUCAACAUUUUCUAUUUUUAAUAUUCCUAUCUGUUAUUGUGUAUAUAAAAUUUGUUAUUAAAAAGUUGUGACUGUUUCAAUUUCGAA